GUCUUCGCUCCUUCUCUCUCAAUUAGAUUCUGUGCUUCUGCGAUCAGCUAAGAUCCGAUCCGCGUCGAAAAACACGUUUCAACUGUGAUCAGAUCCGAUUGAAGACAACAAAUUCGGAUUGGGGCCAUGACUCGUCGAUGCUCUCACUGCAAUCACAACGGUCACAACUCUCGGACAUGUCCCAAUCGUGGGGUGAAGCUAUUCGGUGUAAGACUCACCGAAGGUUCGAUCCGGAAAAGUGCUAGUAUGGGCAAUCUUAGCCAUUACACGGGCUCUGGAUCGGGUGGGCAUGGGUCGGGUUCUCCUGGUGAUGUCCCUGACCAUGUCGCUGGUGGUGGUGAUGGUUACGCUUCUGAGGAUUUCGUUGCUGGCUCUUCCUCUAGCCGCGAGAGAAAGAAAGGAACUCCAUGGACAGAGGAAGAACAUAGGAUGUUCUUGUUAGGUUUACAGAAGCUGGGCAAAGGUGAUUGGAGAGGUAUUUCAAGAAACUAUGUGAAUACGAGGACACCAACACAAGUUGCUAGUCAUGCUCAGAAAUAUUUCAUUAGACAAUCUAAUGUGUCUCGUCGCAAAAGACGUUCUAGUCUCUUUGAUAUGAUUCCUGAUGAGGGAGAAGAUAUACCGAUGGAUUUGCAAGAACAAGAAACAGAGAACACUCCCGUGGAAACAUUAAUGCAAAGUUCUGAUUCUGUUCAUCAGACACUUGCUUCUACUUCCCGUCAAGCACCAUCAAUCUUGGAGAUCGAUGAAUGUGAAUCCAUGGACUCAACAAACUCAACCACCGGUGAACCAAGCUCCAUCGCUGCUGCUGCUUCUUCUUCUUCGUCCAUACUAGAAGAAACCACACAACCGCAACUACAAUCAUACCCGAUACUAUAUCCAGCCUACUUCUCACCAUAUUACCCGUUUCCAUACCCAAUAUGGCCUGCUGGUUAUGUUCAUGAACCAACCAAGAAAGAGGAAACUCAUGAGAUUCUUAGACCAACUGCAGUGCACUCAAAAGCUCCUAUCAAUGUCGACGAGCUUCUUGGUAUGUCCAAACUUAGCCUUGGAGAGACAAAGAAGAAUGGAGAAUCUGAUCAGUCUCUUUCGCUGAAGCUAGGUACGAGACAAUCAGCGUUUCACCCGAAUCCUAGCUCUGAUAGUUCAGACAUCACAAACGUGGUACAUGCGGUGUAAGGAUUUGUAGAAGUGGCUGUCUGAAAAUAGUAAUUUGCAGGCAGAUGUCUCUGUCUCUGGUUUGGGGUUUACAGAAUGGUUCUUUGGUUACAGUAAAAUAAGAUUUGCUUUGUUAGGUUGUUUAACUGAGUAGGGUCUUUUUGAUAACUAGGGUGAAAAAAGAAAGAAAAAGAAGUGAAAAAGAUUAUGAUUUUUUUCAUAAACUUAUUUUUCUAUUUGUAUGCUUUUAUUUUUAACUUUAGGAUUCUUUAAUUCUCGUUUUGAUGUGUACUAGUAUUGUUGUUAGGAGCUGAAAAUAGUUUGAAUAAAAAGGAUGGUUGUUAAUCCUCU